AUGUCCAGGGACAAGCGCAGGAGCAUCUUCGGCAGCUCCCUCAGCGCCUUCACCAGCAUCACCCCCAAGAAAGAUGAGUCGCAGCCCGCCAAUCUGCUGCGCAAGCGCCGCACCGCCUCGUUCAUGUCCAGCCUGUCCGACGUGUCCGGCCACAGCGAGAAGCAGUCCAUCGACGAGAACGCCAUCGCCGAGUCCUCCGUCCCUGUCGCACGACCACGCCCCCAGCUGCCCAACCGAGGACAGGGCAAGCGCGCAAGCUCCGUCUUUGGCUCGCUGAUGAGCUCCAAGUUCUAUGACGACGAGCCGCUCUCUGCCACCUCGACCCGCACCUCCAUGGGCUUCGACUUUCCCAUCGACGAGACCCACAGCCGCCACGUCCUGCAGCAUGGCGAGGUCCAGACGAGCAGCUCCAUGUUCAGAAAGAAGAAGGAGUAUCUGGUCCUGACCGAGACGCACCUGAUCCGCUUCAAGAGCCAGUCCAAGGCAUCAGACGUAUUCUCCGGCGUGCCUUCGCCAAACAACAGUAGCAACCGCGUAUCGACCUACCGACACAGCCAAAGCCCUUCGACCGGCUCCGCACAAGAAGCCCAAUCGCUCGCCUCAGAUGCCUCGGGAGAUCGUGAUAUGGGGACCCCCUUACGCCAUAUCGUAGCCGUGUUCCAUGCGCCAGAUGGAGGCCCCUACUUUGCGCUCGACGUCUACUACCUAGAUGAUGAGACCAAUCAGGCCUCCUCAAUGACCUUGCAAUUUGGAGACCCAGAGGAGAUGCACAAUUGGAUGGCGAGAAUACGAAACGCCUCCAACAGCGCACGCCUGGCCGAUGCCAACCCGCUCUCUGCGUACAACUCGCACCUCGCAGCACGCGUGGUCGAGGCAGAGCGCGACUACGUACCUCCACACUACGCCAUCUACAAGGUCGUCAUAAGAGAGCCGGGCAAGACUGCAUCCAGGGCAUCCUCUGAAGACCUGGGCAAGCUCUCUGCUUCUGUUUGUUUCCUUGCAAUCGGCGUGCACAAGGUACAUUUGAUUCCCUUGUUCAAGCCCCCUUCUCAGCGGUCGUCUAGUCCUUCUUUGGCUUCACUCCACUCUCAGUCCUCGCACGGCAUCCUCGCACUUACCGAGUGCGUUCUGAGCGAGGUUGACGACACUUUUCAUUUGACGUUUAGAAAACCUCUGGAGAAAGCCAAGACUUUCCACCUGGCGUCACUCGCAUCGCAUGAUAUUGCGGUCCGCCUACGUUACGUCGAAGAAACUAUGCGGCCCGAGUGGGAGUCCAGACCCUAUCAUUUCGUCGUUCCUGAGCCUGUGAGACAUGACAUUCUCCGCCAGUCGCAGGUUCACACCAUCGAUCAGGACUCUUUGGAUCGCACCCUGAUUGGCUACUGCAUCGCAUACGGCGUACAACCCGAGAACAUCAGCUAUCAAAUCACUUAUCCAGACGAAGAUUCGCCACGAUUUGAACUGCUUCGUCCUAUUGGGCUAAGACGGAAUCAGUACACCGUGCACGAACUACUUGCCGUCAUGCGAGCGCUGCGAUACAACGAGAGUUUUGCAGGCAUAUCAUUCAAAGACGUACACCUGGACAUCCUGAAUGGCCUGAUGGACGACCACGGAGCCGAGCAUGUGUGUACCAAGACCAAGCGAGGAACAUAUGCACGUAUGGACAUCGACAACCUCUCACGGUCCUGCUUGCUCGUACAAGAAAUUCGGGCUUUGGCUUUGACCAACCGCAAGCUACGACGCAUGGACUUCACGUCUUGCAUCAAGAAGAAGCCCAAAGACUUUACAGAUGCCAAGACGAGCGCCAGAGACACGGGGUGCGGUAUAGUAGAGGCACUGUUUCCCCUCUGCAAAUAUCAGACGACAAAUGUCGAUUGGAUUGCGUUGAACGACAUUCAGCUUGGAGAAACCGACUUGGACUACCUAGUAGCAGCAGCUGUGGAGCGAGCCUGCCACUUGCGUGCACUCGAAAUGAGUCGCUGUGGUUUGACCGACCGCGCACUGUCUCUUAUCUUGGAUUCUCUUCGACCUCAGGAGAAUACACUGGAGGCACUCAACCUCUCUUCGAAUCCCUUCCGGCUUUCGCCAACCUUGUUUGACUCGCAAAUUGGCUGUUUUGCAUAUCUCACAAAGUUGGACUUAUCACAUGUCGCGCGUACAUCAGGUCCCGAGCCUCUGAUAUCCGUGGAAACGCUGAAUGUGAUGAGAUUACAAGAGCUGAGUUGGAGCGGCACAUCCCUCAACGCUGCGACGAUUGACGCGAUCGCAAGUUAUCUCGUCAAUACCAAGCAAUCCAAAGGCCUGCGAGAGCUGAGAUUGGACCACUGCUACAUCACCGGGAAAGACGUCGCAUAUCUACUGCAAUCUAUGACCGACGAUCCUGGCAAAGCCAGGGAUCUUCAUUUGGAUGUCAGCGAGAACUACAUUGAAAAGGACCUCGUGAAGCUCACGAAAGCUAUUGCAGCCGGCUAUGCCCCAGCACACCUUACGAUUCGCUUGCUCGAGUUUGAAGAGGAAGCUGAUUUCCGCAAGAUGAUUUUGGCGUUAGCCCAAAACAACACGAUUCGACAACUUGACAUCUCUCGCGCUUCAUUACCGAGCGAUGCUUCAGAGGAGACAUGUCAAGCGCUGGAAAAGAUGUUCUCUGACAACAGAAGCCUUGAGUGGCUUGAUAUGUCAGGAGAGGACUCACGGCUGGAAACCACGAAGCUGGGUGUUGGGGUCAACAGAGCAUUGCGAGGGCUGCAGUACAACUGCACACUGCGCGUCCUGUACAUCCGAUACCAAAAGCUUGGGUUACAAGGCGCAAGCACCCUCGCCGAUGUGCUCAAGACCAACACAUCUCUACAGUACCUCUAUUGCGAGAUGAAUGACAUUGCACUGAACGGUUUCACCGACCUCGUCAACGCCCUCCACCGUAACACCACACUGCUUCACCUUCCUACGAUGCAAGAAUCGCGUCAAAUGGCACUUAAACGCACUGAGGACCAAGUAAAGCAAAUGCGAGACGACGCCUCCAUCCAUACCACCUCAAAGACAGUUUCUGUUCGAAGCAAACUCGUAAACAAAGCCAGUAAAGUCACGUCCAAGAGCGGUCGAGAUCGCGGAUCGUCGAUUGGCAUAUCUGAUCAGGACAUCAAAGCUGCACUGGGUCUGGUAGACGAAAGCUGGUCCCGCCAAGAGUAUAGGCUACAGCAGUACCUUCAGCGCAACUACAAUAUAGCCAAUGGGAUACCCGUCUCUAUGGAUGUAGGUGACGAAGACUUUGAGCGCGAUCGUCCAGACACGGCAUCCAGCUUUAGCAAGAUUAUGGAGAAGGUCAUUGUCGAAAGUACGCCGACCGCCGAGAAGGACUUUCAGCUUGGUAUCCCCACUCCAUCCAGCCUCUAUGAAUCGCCAGAGAGCACACCCAGCAGCACACCGGGGCUGCGCAUGGCCAGGACUAGGCAACUACAUGCCUCCAAGACGGACUAUUUUGGCAGCGGGUUCACUACCAGUCUAAAUGGGACGCCGGAUGGGACGCCGACCGUCGAGAAGGAGAUACAAAUCGAGCGCACGCUCGGACGGGACAGGCUCAGUCUCAACUACGAUGUCACGAGCCUGGAGAAGGAGAUUGAGAUGAGUUUCUCUGCGAACCGGGACGCGUUCUCUUAA